GGACCUUCAUCCACAAGGGUCACAAAAGAGUUCUAGUUCGGCCAAAAAUAUCCACAUCGAAAUCCACUCAAGCCAGAAUCACAAUCCAUCGUUCAUCGACAUUUCUCAGCAACGCGACGCAACGAGAGAAUCUCAUUAUCACACCACACACAGCAGCAAAGGACAGUGUUAUCCUUUCUUCUUCUCCGAUUGAAAACAUCGACUGCAACUGGUCUUCGGUGCUAAGUAACGCCAUUAAUCUACGAAGAUCAUUACGGUUUAUCGAUUGCGACAACACCCGUCCUCGAACACACCUUGCACAGAAGUAUCACCAUGGCAUCUCCAUCAUCCAGUUCCGGCGAGGAGCCCAGGAAGAAUGAGGAACAAAUCACUUUCAGAUUCUGUAGCGAAUGUUCAAAUAUGCUGUAUCCAAAAGAAGACCCCGAUACCCACCGCCUACAAUUCGCAUGUCGUACCUGUCAAUAUUCAGAAGAGGCUGUAUCCUCCUGUGUCUUUAGAAAUGUUCUCAACAAUGCUGUCGGUGAGACUGCAGGUGUCACUCAGGAUGUUGGAUCUGAUCCCACUGUGGGUUUACCUUUAUGUCUUUUAUGCGGCCAUCUGGUCAUUUGUGAGGGGAAAAUGCCAAAUAGGCUGGGUCAGGAGAAGCUUUGAAAGGGGAAGAUUUUAUGGACGGGCUUUUGCGGAAGUUCUGGUAGCUGCUGUGGUCUCUUUGGAACCCUCCGCUGACAUAUCAAUUUUCUUUGGUUCUAGCUCCCACGAUCUAAUAAGACUUGCCCUGCUUGCAGGAACGAAGAUGCUGUAUUUUUCCAGUCUCAACAGAGAUCUGCGGAAACAGGAAUGAAACUCUUCUACGUAUGCUGCGGGUGCGGUCAUAUCUUCCAAUGAUACCCCUGGUUUCGAUUAUUUAGAGAAGGCGUUGUAACAGGCAUAUGGAGUCUAUCACAUGGGUUGGGGAUACAUAAAAUAACAUUAUCAAAUUUCUACGGCAUGUCA